AUGGCUUCAGUCAAGACUUUCAUCACUCUCACUUUCGUGACUUUGGUCACCGCACACGGGUACCUGUGGGAGCCCAAGAGUCGCGUCCGACUGAACUACGAGGCUGGCGCUGAUAGCUGUCCCGAAUGCACAAUCCUUGAGCCAGUCUCGUCAUGGCCCGACCUCGACUCCGCUCCCGUCUCUCGGAGUGGUGUCUGUGGCUACAAUGCCCGUGUCAGCGUGGAUUACAACAUCCCCGGCGCCAAUUGGGGCAGUGACGUUGUCGAGACCUAUGCUGCUGGCGAUACCCUCGACGUUGUCUGGUGUUUGGAUGCAAACGGCGACCAUGGCGGCAUGUUCACAUACCGUAUCUGCCAGGACCAAUCCAUUAUCGACAAGUUUUUGGAUCCCAGUUACACUCCAACCGAUGAAGACAAACAGGCCGGAGAAGACUGCUUCGAAGCCGGCAUUCUGCCCUGUACUGACGUUGACGGCCAAACUUGCGACUACAGUGCUGACUGCCAGUCCGGUGAGACAUGCUACAACAACGAGUGGUUUACCUGUGAACAAUUUGGCAAUGGGGGUUGCAAAGGUGUCGAUGAUGCAGCUCUGAACUCAUGCAGCACCGUCACAGCAGGUGGCUACACGGUGACAAAGAAGGUCAAACUACCAGCUGGUUUCACUGCCGACCAUACACUUCUGUCGUGGAAGUGGAACAGCUUCCAGACUGGCCAAAUUUAUCUGGGCUGCGCUGAUAUUGCAAUCACAGCGAGUGGAUCCGGCGCCUGA